CCCGCCGCACGUCACACUGACGUCUCCCCCUCCCCCUCCCCCCGCGCUGGGCGGGGCCCGGGCGGUGACGCGGCGGUGACGUCAGGCCGCCGGGCCCAUAUAAGGCGGGGUGGCGGGAGGAGGAGGAGGAGGAGGAGGAUGCUCCGCUCCACCAAAGGCGCCUCCAAGGCGCGGAGGGACCAGAUCAACGCCGAGAUCCGCGCCCUGCGGGGACCUGCUCCCGCUGCCCGAGCCCGAGCGGCCGCGGCUCAGCUACCUGCACGUCAUGGCGCUGGCCCUGCGUCUACACCAGGAAGGGGCUCUGCCUGCGGGCCGGCCCAGCACGGGGGUCGCCCAUGGAGCUGCUGGGGGGGCCCGAGCUGGCGGACCUGGUGGCGUCGCUCCCCGGGUUCCUCUUGGCCGUCACCCGCGAGGGGAAGCUCGUCGGCGUCACCGACAACGUGGCGCAGCACCUGGGACACUCCAUGGUGGACCUGGUGGCCCAGGGUGACAGUAUCUACGACCUGCUGGACCCGGCCGAUCACCCGCUGGUGCGGCAGCAGCUCAACCUGCCCGGGGACACACAGGCUGAGCGCCUGUUCCGCUGCCGCUUCACCACGUCGCGGGCGUCGCGCCGGCCCAGCGCCGGCCGGAAGCUGGUGCUGCUGCGGGGGCGCUUCCAGGGCCCCCCCGGCCCCCCCGGGACCCCCCCUGGGCUCUUCGUGGCCUUUUGCGCCCCCCUGGACCCGCCCCCCUGGCCGCUCCCCGACUGCCCCCUCCUGCUGCCGGCCUUCCAGACGCGCCACGCGCGGGACCUGGCGCUCCUCGACGUCUCCGACAGUGUCCUGACCCACCUGGGCUACGUGCGCCGGGAGCUCCUGGGGCGCUCGUGGUACCGGCUGCUGCACCCCGAGGACCUGGGACACGUGGCACGGCAGCACCUGCGCCUCGCGGGCGCAGGGACAGACGGACGAGCGGAGCUGGUGACGCGGCUGCAGCGCAAGGACGAGCUGGGCUGGACCUGGGUCUACACCCGACUGCGCCCCGAUGGGCCCGCCCUGCUGGGGCUCAACUUCGUCAUCAGCGAGGCCGAGGCCUGGUCCCUGCGGCAACAAUUGGCGGCCGAGACCCCCCCGGGUCCCCCCGAACCCUUCGUGUCCCCCGGCCUCGACCUUCCCGGCGGGGACGUCGGUGUCACCGGAGGGGACGUCGCUGUCACCCCCGGUCCCACCCUUGACCUUGGAGACGCCGUGGGGCCUCACGUUGGCAUCAACGUUGGCGUCAACCUUGGCCUUGGGGUCACCGUUGGGCGCGACGUCGGCCACGGUCUUGGCGCCAACGUCGACCCCGGCGCCAACAUGGCGCCCGCGCUCGGCCGUGGACUCGGAGCCAAUCGAGGGGCCGGAGUCGGACUUGGAGCCACCACCGUUGGGUCUUCUCUUGGGUCUGGACUUGGACUUGGCCUUGGAGGUGCCGUUGGGGCCACCGUUGGGUCUUCUCUUGGAUCCAACAUUGAACUUCCCAUUGGUGCCACCGUUGGGUCUUCUCUUGGAUCUGCUGUUGAACUGUCAGUUGGAGCCACCGUUGGGUCUUCUCUUGGAUCCAACAUGGAACUUCCCAUUGGAGCCAACGUUGGAGUCAACGUUGGGUCUUCUCUUGGAUCUGACAUUGAACUCUCCAUUGGAGCCACCGUUGGGUCUUCUCUUGGGUCCGGCCUUGGACUUGGCCUUGGAGCCACCGUUGGGGCCAACGUUGGGUCUUCUCUUGGGUCUGGUGUUGAACUGUCGGUUGGAACCAACGUUGGGUCUUCUCUUGGAUCCGACAUUGAACUUUCUAUUGGAGCCACCGUUGGGUCUUCUCUUGGGUCCGGCCUUGGACUUGGCCUUGGAGCCACCGUUGGGGCCAACGUUGGGUCUUCUCUUGGAUCCGGUCUUGGAGCCGCCGUUGGAGCCAACGUUGGGUCUUCUCUUGCAUCUGGUGUUGAACUGUCCGUUGGAGCCACCGUUGGGUCUUCCCAUGGAUCCGCUGUUGGACUUUCCGUUGGAGCCGCCGUUGGAACCACCGUUGGGUCUUCUCUUGGGCCUGGCCUUGGCCUUGGAGCUGCCGUUGGGGCCACCGUUGGGUCUUCUCUUGGGUCCGGCCUUGGCGCCACCAUCGGGGCCACCGUUGGGUCUUCUCUUGGACCCAACAUUGAACUUCCCAUUGGGGCCACCGUUGGGUCUUUGGCGCCCAACGUGGGACCCGGCACCGAACUCACCCUCGGAGCCGCUGUGGGGCCCAACGUGGGGUCUGGCCUUGGACCCACCGUUGACCUUGGGCUUGGGACCAACGUUGAACUUGGGACCGACGUUGAGCUUGGGACUGACGUUGAGCUUGGGACUGACGUUGAACUUGGGACCAAUGUUGAACUUGGGACUGACGUUGAACUUGGGACGGAUGUCGCCGUCGAACUCGCUACCGGUGGCUCCGCCCUGGGAUUCGCCGUUGGGGCCGCGCUGGGCUCCACCAACAUUGGACUUGACCUUGGACCCAAUGGCGCCAACAUUGGACUUGGACCCAAUGGCGGCACCACCGUUGGACUUGACCUUGGACCCAAUGGCACCACCAUUGGACUUGGACCCAAUGGCCACGUCAAUGUUGGACUAGAACUUGGACCCAACAGUGCCAGUGUUGGACUUGACCUUGGACCCAAUGGCCGCAGCAGCAUUGGACUUGACCUUGGACCCAACGGCACCACCGUUGGUCUUGACCUUGGACCCAAUGGCCGUGCCAAUGUUGGACUUGGACCCAAUGGCCGCGCCAAUGUUGGUCUUGACCUUGGACCCAAUGGGGUCGCCAAUGUCGACCCCGCCCUUGGCGCCAUUGACCCCGCCCUUGACCUUGGCACCCUUGGCCCCACCCUGGGUGCUCUCGGCCCCACCCCCAGGGUGGGGGGCGGGGUUGGGGGCGGGGCCGAGACCUGGACCCCCCCCUACACACCCCGCCUGGCCCCGCCCUUCCCCUUCGGCCCCCCUGACCCCCCCGAGAAAUUCCCACCCAGUCCCGACAGCCCCGGGGGAGGGGGCCGGACGCCUGGGUCCCUCUUGACCCCCGAGACCUCCCCUCCCCCACCGCCACCCCCACCUCCCCCUCCCCCACCCGGCCCCGCCCUGCGCCGCCUCCUGCAGGGAUUGGUCGCGGCCCGCGGGGUGGGGGGAGGGGCUGGGGGAAGGGGCGUGGGGGUGACCCCCCCUGUGGCCCCUCCCCCACCCCCCCCACCCCCCCACCCCCGGUCGCCCCGCGGCCCCUUCGCUGAGUUGUAUCAACUCCCGCCCCUCCCCCAGGACGCCUUCCGCACAGCCGGAAGCCAACGCGCCCCGUCGUUCUGAACUAAGUCUGUGACGCGACUUUGCCCCCAGUAUGACAUAUUGUCAUUGUCACCCCGGCCCGGGGACCCCGACCCCCCCCCGGCCCCGGGCCGUGUCCCCUCCCCCCCCCAGCCCCUCCCCCGGGGCCUUUCGUGCUUAAUUUAACUCGUAACGAGUCUCUAAGGUAAUUGGGGGGGGGCUGGUGGCCUCCCCCCCCACCCCCCCCAAGCCCGGACGCCUGGGUCCACGAUGACCCCAAGUGUCCCCCACGCUGGGAAAUGUCCCCAAAUUGGGUGUCGUUGGUGUCACCCUCCCCCCCCCCGAUGUCCCCGGUUCUUGUCCCCCCACCCCCCACCACCAGGGUCUGCGUUUUUGGCAGAGUCCCCCCAAAAUUGUGUGUGUCCCCCCCACCCAAGUGAUGUCCCCAAGGGGCUGAGGCACAAUGUGGCUCAAUGUCCCCAGUGUCCCCAAUGCCGGGAACGGUGACGUCCCCAAUGUCCCCAACUCCAGGGACACGGUGACUCAGUGUCCCCAAUGUCCCCAACAUCCCCCGUGUCCCCAAAUAUCCCCCAAGUCCCCAAUGUCCCCAAAUGUCCCUGAUGUCCCCAAUGUCCCCAAAUAUCCGCGAUGUCCCCAAAGUCCCCAAAUAUCCCCCAAGUCCCUGAUGUCCCCAAAGUCCCCAAAGUCCCUGAUGUCCCUGAUGUCCCCAAUGUCCCCAAUGUCCCCAAACAUCCCCCAAGUCCCCAGUGUCCCCAAUGUCCCCACACGAGCCACCGCGACCCGUCUCCGCACGAUGUCACCGAGGGACCGAGGACUCGUCACCGCUGGGACCCCAAAGACCCGGCUCGAUGUCCCCAAAGUGUCCCCAAGGGCUGAGGACACCACCCCGAGGGACUGAGACCCAUCACGGGCACGUGUCCCCAAUGUCCCCGAGGGACGUGGGACCUCGUCACCCUGGAGCAAUGGACUGUGACACCACGUGUCCCCAUGUCCCCAGUGUCCCCAACCCACAGGACUGAGACCUGUCGUGUCCCCAUGUCCCCAUGUCCCCGAUGUCCUCGAUGACCCCUGGAGGCGCCGCUGCCACCGACACCCCCGGCAAUAAAGUGACGCCCCAUGUC